UGGAGGCACCAAGUUGGCCACACGAGAGAGAAAACCCUUAAUCUUGUGUGUGAGCCCCUAGACUAGCUGCAGGAAGGCGAAUAAGAUUUUCACACAACUUAAACAGUGUUUGGGAUCAGUUGCGUUGGGAUCGGCACCCUUCAGGCUAAGGCUCGUGGGCAUUUUACUUCUUUUYAAAUAUUUAAACAGAGACUUGUUUGAAAAGCCAGUGUGCUCUUUAAAAAAGGGAAAAGAAAUGCUCAAGGAUGGAUGCUCAUGUGUCAGCUCAUCAUUUUUUACUGAACGAGUAUAGAAAACUGCUGUGCAAACUACUGAAUAGGCUAUAAAGAAAAUCCUUUUAUAUACRCAUUGCAGUGUGUUUUUUAUAAAAGCAAAUUGAGCAAAUAAUUUUAAACCUAGAAGAAAAAUUUGUAUAACCUCUGCAUUCUUAUUUCUGUGGUAUUACAUGCAAAAUGAGUUACAGUUUUUACUACCUGGAGGCUGAAAGAUUAACUCCUUGCUGAAAGGAGCAUCGGACUUGGCGUGUGUGAGGUGAUCAGGAUCAGGUAAAAUUGAUUUUUGUAUUAGCAAGCAGGAAAAUGCACACUCAAGAUUUGCUUGAUUAAAAGUUCUGGUGUCUAGCAAUGGAAAGCCCACAAACAAACUUCCAUCUAGGUCUAGGUUCAGACCACAAAAGGAGUGGGAUCCAAGAGGAUGGGAGUCCUCCAGUAAAAAAAGCAAUGACAGAAAUGCAUGUAAAUAGCAAAGUACGAGUUGUAAUGAAUAAAUUGCCAACGAUAAAGAAGGAAAACCUGGAUGAAUAUGAUGGAACUUCUGUGGAGGCUGAUGGGGAAAUCGCCAAGCCAAAUAAUACUUCGCUAUCCGAGSCUUUGAAUUUAAAUCCAGGUUUGAAGCACACGCUGGCACAGUUCCACUUAAGCAGCCAGAGUUCAUUGGGUGGCCCGGCAGCUUUCUCAGCUCGUUAUUCCCAGGAAAGUAUGUCACCCACUGUCUUCCUGCCUCUCCCAUCACCACAAAUACUUUCUGGUCCGCUGCUCAUUCCUCCCGACAGCUCCACCGAGCUCACUCAGACUCUCUUGGAGGGGGAGUCUAUUUCUUGUUUUAAGGUUGGAGGAGAAAAGAGACUCUGCCUGCCUCAAGUUUUGAAUUCGGUGCUGCGAGACUUCUCGUUGCAGCAGAUUAACACUGUGUGCGACGAGCUGUACAUCUACUGCUCGAGGUGCACGUCCGACCAGCUUCACAUCCUGAAGGUUCUGGGAAUUCUUCCCUUCAACGCGCCGUCGUGCGGGCUCAUUACGCUGACCGACGCGCAGAGGCUGUGCAACGCUUUGCUGCGUCCACGCACUUUCCCUCCGAAUGGCAGCUUCCUCCCCGCUAAGAACACGCUGGCCCAGCUGAAGGAGUCUGGCAGCGCCUUUGAGGUAGAGCACGAGUGUUUGGGCAAGUGCCAGGGGCUGUUUGCACCUCAGUUCUACCUGCAGCCGGACGAUCCGUGUAUCCAGUGCUUGGAGUGCUACGGCAUGUUUUCGCCUCAGACGUUUGUGAUGCAUUCGCAUAGAUCCCCCGACAAAAGGACCUGCCACUGGGGGUUUGAAUCGGCCAAGUGGCACUGCUACCUGCACAUUAACCAAAAAUACUUGGGAACCUCGGAGGAGAGGGAGCUGAAGCAUCUCUUGGAGGAAAUGAAGGAGAAGUUUAGCGAGAAAAAUCAGAAAAGAACUCAGUCCAAAAUGGAUUCACAGCAGAGUCUAGAGGUAUCGCAGUGGUAUCCAGUUAUAAAACAAGAAGCAGAAACUGCUACUCAACCACCCUCGUUUGUCCAUCCCAGUUACUACCUUUAUAUGUGUGAUAAAGUGGUUGCCCCAAAUGUGUCUCUUGCGUCACAAUAUAAAGAAGUUGCAAAACCAGCAGUUAGAGCAGAAGUAAUUAAAUCCUCAUCUGGACAGCCUGAGAAACAGCUCAGUAGUGGAAAACACAAAAGAGCCGCUUCCUAUCCCGAGCUUUCUCUGGAAGAACAGGAAAAGGUUGACUUGAAAACUGGCGUGGGGCACCAUAAACGUCCAGAUCCGCCUGUAUCCACUCAUUCUGCAAGAGACAGCAAAUCUGAACGUAUUUCUUCCAAAAGCGCUAGGCACUCCAGCCAUGCUGAAGUACGUCAUCGUGUACGAACCUUGUCUCCAACUCUCAUGAAGGACAUCAGCUGUGAAGACGACAAGGGAAAAAUCAUGGAAGAAGUAAUGAAAACCUACAUGAAACAGCAAGAAAAACUAAAUAUCAUUUUGCAGAGGAAACAACAGCUUCAAAUGGAGGUUGAGAUGUUAAAUAACUCUAGAGCAAUGAAGGAACUCACUGAAGAGCAGCAGAAUUUACAAAAAGAACUUGAAUGUUUGCAGACUGAGCAUGCUCAAAGAAUGGAAGAAUUUUAUUUUGAGCAGAGAGACCUGGAGAAGAAACUGGACCAAGUAAUGAAACAGAAGUGUGCCUGCGAUUCCAAUUUAGAAAAAAACAAAGAAGCUGAAUAUGCUGCACAGCUAGCAGAAUUGAGACAGAGGUUGGACCAUGCAGAGGCAGAUAGACAAGAGCUUCAAGAUGAACUGAGACAAGAACGAGAAGCAAGAGAAAAGUUAGAGAGGAUGAUAAAGGAAUUGAAGCUACAGAUCCUGAAAUCUUCAAAAAAUGGAAAAGGAAAAUAGAAAACGGAAGAGAGAAACGUAACUCUGUCCUUCAAACAGGGUGUUUUGUUUUUUGAUGAAUUUUGAGCAGUUUCUUUGUUAAGAAAAAGUGUUCUUUAUAGAUUUCUAGUUCCCAAACGAGUCAAGAAGAAGAUAUACGYAAGUAUAGAGAGAUAGAAAGAUAGGUAUGAACUUUAGGUAUUCUGAACCAAUGAAAACUACAUUUAUUUGUACUGUGUUUUUCUCAAACUAUGGAAAAAAAUGAAAUGUUUUUUGAUUUACAGUUAUCGGUUUCUGUCUAUUUCUGUUGUUGUUUGAGGGCUCUGUACCUUUGAAAAACAACAUUGUAUGUUAAAAAUAUAUGUGGCAAUCCUUAUUUCACUAUCAAUUGCACAUCCAAUUAUAAUUUUUUUUUUUUUAACUACUUCAAGAUCAAAAAUGGUGUGGGCCUCUGUGAGAAUUACAUGUUCUCUCUGCCAGGAAAGCAAAGACAGCUUUUCAUUUGCCAGGGUAAUGCUCAAAAUUGCCAGGAUGAGGAAAGGUGAUUGAGCAUCAACAAUUAUUUACUAGCUUGAUCUAUUUUUUUAGCUCUUAAUUUUAUUGUACGAAUUGUCAAACUGAUUUUUUUUUCACUAUUUGCUGUUUAACAACUCAGUAUCAACCUAAAAAGUUUUAGAAACAGCCUUUGGUUAUGAUGCUGGAAUGUUUGUUUUUGUGAAGAACAGCAAUUAAAAUA